GUGAUACAAUAACAGUAAAUAAAGUAGAUUAGAUUAGUUACAUAUGUCAGCUGGAUUUUGAAAACUUACUUGAGUUGCUUACUCGUCAAGCAAAGUUUCCUCCUGAACUUUUAUUAUCCACUUACUUGAGUUACUUACUCCUCAAGCAAAAGUAAGUUGGAUUGAAUGCUCACUUGAGUUGCUUACUGCUAUUCGUAUUAUCUAGUUACCCAAGCAAAUUAGAAUUUUUAUUCAUCCGCUUACUUGAGUUGCGUAGUCCUCAAGCAAAGUUUUUACCAUCAAUCCUACUUCCUCUAGAAUUCACAAUCCUAGUUCCUCUAGAAUCCACUAUCCUCCUUCCUCUAGAAUUCACAAUCCUACUUCCUCUAGAAUUCACACUCGACCCAAAUUGCCUCACCGCUUUUUCAAAGCUAUAUAUAGACAGAGAGCACACCACACAAAAAGGUAUAUUACGCAAAUAGUUAGACAAAGAAAGAAAAAAAGAAAAAGGAGAGAGAAAGAGAGGAUUCAGAAUGGCUUUGGACUACUACAGCGUUCUGAACGUGAAGAGGAAAGCCAGCGACGAUGAAGUGAAGAGGGCGUACAAAAGGCAGGCGUUGAUAUGGCAUCCAGACAAGAACCCGGCCAGCAAACAAUCUGAGGCCGAGAAAAAGUUCAAGCAGAUCUCCGAGGCCUACGAAGUGCUCGGUGACCCUCGCAAGCAUCUGAUCUAUGAUGUGGAAGCAAUCAAGUCCGUCCAAUUUCCUCCUCCACGUCCAUCGUCUUCCUGUGCGCCAGCUGCUGCUUCAAGAUGCCAUCAGAAACACAACAAUCGGCAGCAGCAUCCGGAUAUUGUCAAGUUACGUGUUUUUGGUGAAGAAGGUUUCUGGGUGCGCGUACACCCUACCAGUUGUAAUUGAGGUUUUCUCUUUCUUGAUUUUGACCAUUUAGACUUGUGAGGGAUACCUACCUACGUGUUGCCGGUACUCUUUUUUCCUUAUUUGAGGUUUUCCCAUUUAGGGUUUUUUCUUAAUAAGGUUUUAAUGAGGCCGGUGGUAUUCCCUUGAGGUCUUUUGGUCGGUUUGUCCUUCUUGGACUCGAUUUCAGUUGUACUUGACUGACUUUGUAUUGUAGUAGGAGGGAUGCCAACCUAGUUGGGAUGUCUCCUUUCAAGUAACUGUAUAUGCAAAAUUCAUCUUCUUAUUCUUGUUC